GCCCCCCUCCUUCUCUCACCACUCUUUUCUCACUCGUCUCUUCUUCCACUCCUUCAUUCAUUCAUUCAUUCUUUUCAUUCAUUCCGCCACCAGCUCAUUCCUUACUCACUCUUUGUUUAUUUCACUCAAAGCCCUCGCCCUGCGGCUCCGUUCUAUCCAUCGAUCGUCGGCCAAGCAAGCUAUCUUAAAAACAAUCACAGGACACCUCGUCAGACCCCGACAGUGAGGCAUGAACGUCGGCGACUAUCUAUCCCCAUCGUAUAUCACCUCGUUUCGGUCCCGGAGAGGAGCACCUGUCUCUCCUGAAUCGAACUUUUCUUCCUCCUCUGUCUCCUCGUAUCUAUCGUCACCAUUGCAGUCAGAGCUCCAGGUCCCCUCGUUUGCCUCGCAAGCCCCCGAUAUAGUUGCAGAUUCAACGGCAAACCCCAGUCCAGGACUCUCUGAAGCGGAUACUAUUGACACUGCAAUAUCGGCGCCAAUCGAGCAGGAAGCAGUACUAUCGUCUGCAUCAUCAUAUCCGCGAACAACCAAAACAUCAGGAUCAUCCUUGGGAUUAUUGCCCGAAUCAUCGUCGGUAUCAGUGCCGCUGUCAUCAACAGCAACACUUGGAUCGCCGUCGUCCCCAGAGAUUGCUAGCAAGGCGUCUAGAGGUGCUGGUUCUUCUAGUGUGCAAUCCGGAGCAGAUUCUGAACUGGACCAAGAAAUCUCGGCUCAUCACCACGUCGUCUUGAAUACAACUUCCGCGAGCAGAGUACAGACAUCGUCACCACUUGCAACAAUAGUUACGGGCACCAGCACUAACAUUCCAGUCGAAAGCAGCAGUCAGUUACCACCGUCGUCGUCAGUUUCUGCUCUGUCGAGCAUGGACUCUUUAGUCGCGAACCAGGAAAAUUCCAGUCACAAAAAUCCGGCUGUAAUCAGCACCAAAGAAGGCCAAAUUGAUAUGGAGAGCACGGAACCGGGCUGCGCUAUCUGUCUGGAGGGGAUCAAGUCAAGACAUCAUGCCAAAGCCAUUCUUGCCUGUCGCCAUGAGUUCCACCUCUCCUGCAUCUCGAUGGCAUUUGCAAUGGGCAAGGAAAUGAUCUGUCCGCUCUGUCGAUACCUCCACAAGGAUCAGCCAUUCAUGAACAUGGGCGCCGAGGACGACGUCAAGCCCUCAGCCUCUGGGCGACCCCCUCGCGCCAUCAUGAUGUCCACAUCCACCUCGACAGCCCAUCAGCGGCGGCUCUUUCAGCAACAGGCACAGUCUAUAGCGACCCUGCAUGAACAUCCGACCAGCGGUACCGUCUUAUCCAUGAUGCCCUCACUCUUUGAAACAACCCUGGGACAUGGACCAGCUGCAGGAACUAUCCGCACCUCUCCGGACGGGAUCUGCUUAAAGACCUCGACAUGGUUGAUGCUUUACGCCAUGCCAUUCUCAGUCGCCCUAUGCUUAUUAGCGUUCGUAUUGGGCAAAGUUGAAACCAUGUGGUCCAAGGUCUCGUGCCUGAUCGGAGCAGCAAUUUGUUAUAUGGUUUGCUGGGCUCUUGUGGUCGCCAUCAUGGAUCCGGAUCACGAGGCCAGGGCGUUACUCGAGCGACUGAACCAGCAGGAACUGUCAAGUGAAACACAACAGAAUCCUUCUUCGCCCUCGAAUUCAAGCGCAGGUAACAGGUCUGGGAUAGAGGCAACAACAGGCACUUUGCUGACCGAGAGUUCCUCUUCAUCGACAGUGAACCCCAAUUAUCCUCCGUCUGCACCAUCAUUGGGUCCACUUGGAUUCUCGUGGGGAGCAUUAAUACAGCAUCGAUACACACGCGGUAUCCAAAACAGGGUGAUGGAUUUGGCAGGGAUCCUGGAUGAUAUUCCGGACAUGAUGGCUGAAUGGUGACAGGAUGUCUCUUUUGGACAACUGCCCUUUGUAUAUAGCAAGGAAAUAGUGCGGAUGGUAAUAUUAAUGAGAUGCAAAGUCCGACCGACUGAAUUUUCGGUCUCGGUCGGCAAAAGGGCUUCUCAUUACAAAAAAUAUAUAUUUUAUU